AUGCUGGACAAUGCCCAGUCGAGACCUGCUCAAGGUGAGUCUAAAUCUAUGAUACUGCAGCUGCAGUUGGCGUCUAAUCAGACCGGCUCGAUGUCGAGUUUAGAGUCGGAUAAAGUGGAAAAAGAUGUAUCUAAAGUUGAUUUCACAGAAGGUGGUGUUGAGAAAUUCAAAUUUUACCCUGAUAAUCCGCAAAGUCACCGUCACAAGUAUAAGUGGACAAUGAAAGAAGCUUCAAAAUUUUAUGAUCCUUGUGAAGAAAGUCGUAUAGCUUCGAUGAACUGUUUGUAUAGGAAUCAAGACGAUAAAUAUGUGUGCCAGGAGUUUUUUGACGCUUAUCGAGAGUGUCGCAAGGAUUUCUUUAAAAAGAAGAGAAAAGAUAGAGUAGAGGGACAGAAAGGUUGGGGUUGGUAA